UGAUCACAGGGACAGAGAUAGUCAAGCCAAGCCUUCUUUUUAAAGAAUUCAGAUCGAUUUCUCUCUCUAAAAUCCUCCCUCUCUCUCUCUCUCUCUCUCUUCGUUUCACGCAUUUCCAACCUCUUGCUUUAUCUCUGAAUCCGGAGCCGAAUUCGAUCUCAAUCUCGCUUGCUCACACAAAUGGGUUUUGAUGAGUGCUGUUCUACUCAGCUUAUCGAUGGAGAUGGUGUAUUCAAUGUCUCGGGACUUGACAAUUUUAUCAAGGAGGUAAAGCUUGGCGAAUGUGGUCUUUCAUAUGCCGUUGUCUCCAUCAUGGGGCCACAGAGUAGUGGAAAGAGCACUCUAUUGAAUCAUUUAUUUGGUACCAACUUCAGAGAGAUGGAUGCUUUUAAGGGAAGGUCUCAAACUACUAAAGGUAUUUGGUUAGCGAAAUGUGCUGAUAUCGAGCCUUGUACGCUUGUAAUGGAUUUGGAGGGAACUGAUGGAAGAGAAAGAGGAGAGGAUGACACAGCAUUUGAGAAGCAGAGUGCUCUUUUUGCUCUUGCUGUUUCAGAUAUUGUGCUCAUAAACAUGUGGUGUCAUGAUAUUGGCCGUGAGCAAGCUGCAAACAAACCUCUUUUAAAAACUGUCUUCCAGGUGAUGAUGCGGUUGUUUAGUCCACGAAAAACGACUAUGUUGUUUGUCAUACGUGAUAAGACACGGACACCAUUGGAGAAUUUAGAACCUGUUCUUAGAGAAGAUAUUCAGAAGAUAUGGGACACUGUUCCAAAGCCUCAAGCCCAUAAGGAGACUCCUCUGAGUGAAUUUUUUAAUGUUGAAGUUGUAGCACUUUCAAGUUAUGAAGAAAAGGAAGAACAAUUUAAGGAGCAGGUUGCUGCCUUGAAGCAGAGAUUUUUUCAUUCCAUUGCACCUGGUGGACUCGCAGGAGAUCGAAGGGGAGUUGUUCCUGCAUCAGGGUUUUCUUUUAGUUCACAGCAGAUUUGGAAAGUGAUCAAGGAAAACAAAGACCUUGAUCUUCCAGCCCAUAAGGUGAUGGUGGCUACUGUACGUUGUGAAGAAAUUGCCAACGAGAAGUUCUUCAGCUUUUCAGGAAAUGAGGAGUGGCUGGAAUUAGAAGAGGCUGUACAAUCUGGUACUGUUUCUGGAUUCGGUAACAAGCUCAGUUUAAUUCUUGAUACCUGUCUAUCAGAGUAUGACGUAGAAGCUACAUAUUUUGAUGAAGGUGUUAGAUCUGCAAAGCGAAAGCAGCUUGAAGAAAAACUGCUACAACUUGUCCUACCCGCAUUUCAAUCUUUACUGGGACAUGUAAGAGCUGGGACUUUGGAUCAUUUCAAGGAAGCAUUUGAUAAGGCAUUGGGUAGUGGGGAGGCGUUUUCUGUUGCUGCUCGUGAUUGCUCUCAGUCUUAUAUGGCUCUGUUUGAUGAAAGAUGUGCAGAUGCUGUUAUUGACCGAGCAAACUGGGACACAUCUAAAGUCAGGGAUAAACUUCGGCGUGAUAUAGAUGCACAUAUUUCUUCAGUUCGUGCUGCCAAGCUAUCCGAACUUACCACACUCUAUGAGGAAAAACUGAAGGAGGCGUUAUCAGCACCAGUGGAAGCCCUUUUAGAUGGAGCAAACAGUGAGACCUGGCCGGCAAUAAGAAAACUCCUGAAACGAGAGACUGAAUCAGCUGUCUCUGGGCUUUCUGAUGCACUUUCUGGUUUUGACAUGUACGAAGAAUCUAAAAACAAAAUGCUUGCAAGUCUAGAGGUUUAUGCAAGAGGGGUUGUUGAGGCGAAAGCAAAGGAGGAGGCUGGAAGAGUAUUGAUGCGCAUGAAGGAGAGGUUCACAACAAUGUUUAGCCAUGAUUCUGAUUCAAUGCCACGUGUUUGGACUGGGAAAGAAGAUAUUAGGGGGAUCACCAAAACUGCCCGCACUUCGUCUUUGAAAUUGCUAUCUGUUAUGGCUGUAAUUCGUUUGGAUGAUGAUGGUGCUGAUAAUAUUGAGAACACUUUAUCCGUUGCAUUGGUGGAUUCUGCUAGUGGUGCUGUCAAGGACAGGAGCUUAACAACAGUUGACCCACUGGCCUCGAGUACUUGGGAACUGGUUCCAUCAUCAAAAACAUUGAUUACGCCUGUCCAGUGCAAAUCUCUAUGGAGGCAAUUUAAGACUGAAACAGAGUACACUGUCUCUCAGGCUAUUGCAGCACAGGAAGCUAACAAGCGUAAUAACAACUGGUUACCGCCUCCAUGGGCCAUCGUUGCCUUGAUUGUUCUGGGAUUUAAUGAAUUUAUGACACUUUUAAAAAAUCCUUUGUAUCUGGGGGUAAUCUUUGUUGGUUUCUUGCUUGUCAAAGCCCUAUGGGUGCAGCUAGAUAUUUCGGGUGAAUUCCGCAACGGCGCUCUUCCCGGGCUUAUUUCCUUGUCCGCCAAGUUCGUCCCCACUGUCAUGAACCUUAUUAAAAAACUAGCGGAAGAAGGGCAAGUGCCUGCGGCUAACGAUCCUCGUAGGAACCCAGCCCUGGCAUCGAAAAGCUUUCACAACGGGGUUAAUGCUAGCAGUGAUAUGUCAUCUACGGGUUCAUCUGAAGUAACAGAGAAUGACCACUCCAUCUCCUCGAAACAAGAUUAGGUGAAAUGAAACAUUCUAUCCCAGAGCAGUUUUCGUGUGGUUGAAGAUGCUGAUGGUAUGCAUUACUCUCGAACGGGAAGCUGCUCAUGUUCGGUCCACGUAAAAUAUCAACUGUCAGCUUGUAUGUUUACUCUUGCUGGCAUGAAAGGGUGAGAUCUUCGAGGCAUUGAUUUUUUGGGCAAGUGCCGCAUACAGGGGCUAUAUAUGGUUUGCUGUGAGGAAGCCCCGUUAAAUAGUUUUCCCUUUUAAAAGUUAGGUUUUUCUCUCUUUUGGGUUGUUUUUGUUGGUUAUGCUACACAAGGUUCUCUCCUCUGAUUCUCUAUUUUGAUGUUUGUCAAUUAUGGUACUUGCAUUCAAUUUUGUCCCGUGACAGUUGUAAUGCUAUGUUUCUCAUUGUAUUUCAUUUGAGGAAAAAAUAAUAGUAAAUGAAAGUAACCAUAGCCUUUAUUUAUUGUUGGCUGUCCGUACAUAUAAUUGUUUGUUGAAAACUGGCAAACCAAAAACGAAGAAAGAAAAAGAAAAUCAGCAACAUAGAAUAUUUGUAUACAACUUUAACACCAGUCUUCACUGGUUUAUUGGAAUGGAUUGCCCCCUC